UUUCAUUUACGUAUGAUAUCGUAUUAAACGACGUUCCUACAAUGUAUGAGCUAGACUUACAUACAAACAAAUUAGAGUCCUUUCUAUCAUAGACCUCCAAUCGCAAAAAUUUUACACACAGUUUUUCUAAAUAAUCUUGAGAAAAGGUCUUUUUUCGUAUUACAGAGAUGGAGAUUUUAAGUACGGUAAUUGGAGCUGGAUAUCCGAUAUACAGAAGCUAUUUGUUGCUGGAAUUACCAACGAAAGCUAAUCAGUUGCUCCCAAAGGCUUUUCAGAUUCGCAGCAAUGAACCAAAAAGCGUCGAUGAAGAGCGACGACGAUUAAUGGCUUACUGGUGCGUUUAUGGAUGCGUAACUUCAUUUGAAGCAUUGGUUGGCAAGUAUUUACGUUGGUUUCCUUUCUACAGCACUGCCAAGGUUAUCCUGUGGAUAUGGUUAUUAAACCCAAAAACGCGCGGUUCAGAAUAUGUAUAUCAAUCAUACAUAUCGACAUUUCUUCGAGAGCAUAAAGAUACAAUUCAGGGCUGUCUCGAGAAGCUGGUUCAACUAAGUAAUUCUCAGCAACUUCUGAUCAGUGCUUGGGGUUUUUUACGAUCAAUGAUUGACCAUUUUCCCAAGGGAAAUGAUAUGCCUCCUGGUUCAGAUAAAGAUGUUUCCAAGAAAUCUUCCUAAAUCACUUAAUGGCGGUAAUAUAACAGACAGUGGGUAAAUAUAUUAAUUAUGUAGCGGUUUGUUUCUUCUGCAUUACCCUCUGAACUUCAUGAAAUGUAUGAGAGCUAAGGAACAUAGUUUACGGGAGUCUCAUUUAAUGAUUUGCAUUUGUACAGGUUUAAUAUUAUUAGGUUUCAUGACACAUUAAGGACUUGUGAAAGUUAUUAAGAACAGAAACUUGGUGUUGG